AUGUCCUGGGCUUCUGCAGGCGGCCACCCGCCGGGGGUCGACCCGAUCUCGCCGGGCCCGGCCGAGAAGGAGCGGGGCGUCUUCCGCAGGAUGCUCGGGGAGGCGCUGGGCGCGAACGACGUCGGACCAGCUCGCUCGGCUACCUGUUCCGCCGAGCUCCGGGGGGGCCCCCAUGCUCAAAGGGGCCUCUGCGCCCGAGAUCCAGGCUCGCAUGUUGCGCAUUGGUGUUGGGGGGGCGCGCCAGCCGGGAUCGCGGCUGAUUGCAUCUUGGACGAGCUGUUCCCGGCCGCCGACGGCGACGGGGACGAGGUGCUGGCCCGGGGCGACCUCGCUGGGCCGGCCGAAUAUUUUGCAAAAUAA